AUGAUUUGCCUACGAACUAAUCCGCUCGUGGAUUCUCUUAACCUUGACGAGAAAAAAGAAAUGAAGCUAGAGCCCUGCGACUGGAGAGGCAAAAAAGGGUCAAAAAAGAAGCAAAAUAUACAAGCAUUGAGAGCUAGUGCUGAUUUGUCAAGGCUAAUCGCAACUUUGGACAACUAUGAUUUUGACGACGAAGCACGUACGUGCACAAUG